GCGACGACUGGGCGGAGCUGCCGGUGGCGGUUUGCUCGGUUGCUUGUGCCGAGGUUUUCAGUUGAGCGUCGCGGUUGCAGGUCGGAGUUUCUCCGAAGAGCAGCUUCAGGCGCUCGGGAGUGGGGGAGGCCUUCCGCGUUUCCUUGGCGGUUGUCCCCCGCGGGCCCCGUAGGAAGCCCGGAAGCGGCCCCUCCUGUGCCACCGAGGACACCAGCCCAGCCCAGCCUGGCGGCCCGGGUAGGGCGGAAUGAGCAGGGCGGAGUCCUCCCCGGGGUCCCCCCGCGCCUCCAGGAGCUUGGCAGCCACCCGAAUCACUUCCAGAUUUACUAAUUCUCCAAGUCCAGGUUGUGGGGAUUCUACUCCACUCCCUUCCAUCAAUGAGCGCCUGGCCUUUCUUCGCCCCUCCCGGGAGCUGCUAGAAUACUAUCGCAAAAAGAUUUCUGAAUUUGAUGAAGAGCAUGAAGGCCUGGUGAAAAGGCUGGAGAGAUACAAAGAAACAUAUGAUGAGCAGCACAAACUACAGUGGGAGAUGCGUCAACGGGAAGAGGAAAUUGCAGAGCUGCAGAAGGCUUUGAGCGAUAUGCAAGUUUACCUCUUCCAGGAGAGGGAACAUGUGUUACGUCUUUACUCAGAAAAUGACCGGCUGAAAAUCAGGGAGCUGGAAGACAGAAAAAAGAUUCAACAUCUCCUAGCUCUUGUGGGAACAGACACAGGAGAAAUCACUUAUUUUCACAAGGAGCCUCCACACAAGGUCACUGUUUCUCAAAGGCCAAUCAAAUCCAGAGAUCAACACGAACGAAAUGAUACAUAUACUUCCAGAACAGCAGGCACUAAAAGGAGCACCUCAAAGCCAGCAGCAAAAGGUGAGAAACCAGAAAGUCCUGAAAAAUAUCACAGAGACAAUCAAACUCUCUUACUGCAGGUAGAGGCUCUACAGGCUCAAAUGGAAGAGCAGACCCGGUUAUCCAAGGAACAGCUUGAUGCAUUGUUAGAAGAUAGGAGGAUUCACAUCGAAGAAGCUCAGGUUCAGCAUCAGAGGGACCAAGACAAGAUCAAAAGCUUGACAGAUAAACUCCAUAAGACCCAGAACCUACUCUAUGAGAGCACACGGGACUUUCUCCAGCUGAAGUCUGAUUCACGAGCAAAUGAGAAAGCGUGGAUGGCAGAGAAGGACAGUUUAUUGAGGAAACUUGAUGAAGGCCGGGACGUGGUUUUCAUCAGCAGGGAGCCAGAGAGGGAGAGAAAGGAGAGAGACAUCAAGCUGAUUCGUCAUGCAGAUCGUGAAAUUCAGAAAGUACAGAGUGGAGAAAUCAAGUCAUUGCAGGAGCAGUUAAUACAGGAGCAGAGACUGGCAAGCAUGUACCGAGAGCAAUGUGUUACCCUGGAGGGUGAGCUGGCUAGGAUUCGUGAAGAGGGGGAUGUUGGCCGAGAGCUCUUCAAGGAACGCUCAGAAAAGAUGGGGAAGCGUUUGCAACUGAUGACGCAACGAUAUGAGGCCCUGGAAAAACGGCGUAGCAUGGAAGUAGAAGGCUUCAAGAAUGACAUUAAGCAGCUUCGGCAGAGGUUGAAGGAUGUAGAGAAACAGCUCUUCAAGGUGACCAUGAAUAUUGGACCAGACCAAGACCUUGCUAUUCUGCAUGAGGUACGCCAAGGCAACAGGCGAACUCGCAAAAUUCAAGGAGAACUAAGAAACUUGAAGGCAAAAAUCUAUGGCUUGGAGAAUGAACUACGGAUCUGUUGAUAUAGAGAGAUCAGCCAGCAUAGUAGUGUUAUGACCAUGACUGAUUCUAGGUUAUAAAGGUGAGUUUAAAGAACAGGCUUCAUAUAUCUCUUUCCCAGCAUCCCACGACAAACAAGAAGCAGCAUUGCUUAGGGAAAUCUGCAAAUUAAUUUCAGUGUGUGGCAGAGAUGUUUCCUUUGUCUCCUAAUGUGUCCAGCUCUGCUGUCCCUUCCCUACUAGAUGUGAGAUCAUUGAUUAAACAUGUUCUAUCUUACGUUCAUCCCUUGUCCCCAAAAAACACAUGCUUAUGGGCAGACGACUUUGAGUGUGAAAAGUUGAUUUAGUUUCUUGGAAUUUUCUGCUGUAAUUUUUUUAUACCAUCUUGUCAAACAUGAUGUCAUCAAGUUGAUGCCUUUCUGAGGUAUGCGACUUGAGCCGCAAGGGCCUCCUGACGUUUUUUUAUUGUUGUUAUUAUUUGCCAAAGAAUCAAGUUUGUAAUGUUUUCUAGAUUUUUUUUUUUUUAAUUAAAAUUUAAGAGUGAAA